ACGUCUGGUGUGGGCGGGAGUGAUCCAAAGUGUGCUUGAGGAAACCAACAGCGGCCUUGGGGUGAAAGGACAGCCAGGGUUAGAUGUUCUGAGGAGGCGGGAGCAACCGAGAGAGCACGUAAGCAUCUGUCCUUUCUACCCGUUCCUCUUUAUCUUUAGUGUUCGGUAGCAGCAGCGAUAGCCCAGGGCCCGGUGUAUGGCCACGGAGUUACAGUGUCCUGACUCCAUGCCCUGUCACAACCAGCAAGUAAACUCUGCCUCAACCCCAAGUCCCGAGCAGCUGCGACCUGGCGAUCAGAUCCUGGACCACCCAGGGGGAAACAGAGCCUCCAGGGCCAAGGUGAUUCUCCUCACGGGGCACGCCCAUUCUAGCCUGCUGGCCGAGCUGGACGCUGGGGCCUGCGGCGGCUCCAGCCUCAACUCAGAGGGCAACAGUGGUAGUGGUGACAGUAGCAGCUAUGACGCACCAGCUGGCAACUCCUUCCUAGAGGACUGCGAACUCUCCUGGCAGAUCGGGGCGCAGCUUAAGCUGCUGCCUAUGAAUGAUCAGAUCCGGGAGCUACAGACCAUCAUCCGGGACAAGACAGCCAGUAGAGGUGACUUCAUGUUUUCUGCGGAUCGUUUGAUCAGACUUGUUGUGGAAGAGGGAUUGAAUCAGCUGCCAUAUAAAGAAUGCAUGGUGACCACUCCAACAGGGUACAAGUAUGAAGGAGUGAAAUUUGAGAAGGGAAAUUGUGGGGUCAGCAUAAUGAGAAGCGGUGAGGCAAUGGAACAAGGUUUACGAGACUGCUGUCGAUCCAUACGAAUUGGAAAGAUCCUGAUUCAGAGUGAUGAGGAGACACAAAGAGCCAAAGUAUAUUAUGCCAAAUUCCCCCCAGACAUUUACCGGAGAAAAGUCCUUCUGAUGUAUCCAAUUCUCAGCACUGGAAAUACUGUAAUUGAAGCUGUAAAGGUUCUUAUAGAACAUGGAGUUCAACCCAGUGUUAUCAUCCUACUCAGUCUGUUCUCCACUCCUCAUGGUGAGUUCAGCAUGAGGCAGUAACUAGGGCUCCAUAUAGUCCUGAGGUGGGUGCCAAAUCAAUCAUUCAGGAGUUUCCAGAGAUCACAAUUUUAACUACUGAAGUUCAUCCUGUUGCACCUACACAUUUUGGACAGAAAUACUUUGGAACAGACUAAGUUAUUUAAGUAAAAUAAUUAUCUUGUGUAAUAUUACAAUCAUGUUUUAAUUUUCUAUUUGUUUUACUGAUUCAAUUGAGGGUGGCAGAGAAAAAUGUGUUAAAAUGCUUUUUAGUUUUGGAAGUGGGUAUAUUUGAGGUUAUAUCUCAUUUAGUUAUUUGUUUACUGUUGGCACCGAAUUCAACAAUGAAGUAUAUGUAAUUCUUACAAAACAUAAAUUUUAAUAAUAUUCUAAUGCAAAUUACUGAAUCCUCAGUGCAUUAAAAUUAUUUCCUAAUUUAUGAGCCUCUUAGUUUGGAGGUUGCUUGAAGCCACAAAUAAAACUCAAAUGAGAGUCAGUUCUUUGUCCCACUGUAGUUUGCAUUUUGUUUAGUUUGGUUUUAGCUCUGGUAAGGUUUCAUAUAUGUGGCUAUUGCCACAUUCCUCUACUGUUUUCUUUCUGAUACUGGACAUGCUAGUAACUUGGAGAGGAGAAUAAAAGAAUGUCUCCUGGAAUUUUACAUUCCCAUUAAUGUCCUCAUUCAAUUGGCAGACCUAGGAUGUAUGGUUAACUCUCAGGCCAUUAUGUUCUUCAUGGCUCAUUUCCCAAACUGCAUUGUUGGUAGGUGCCUUGCUAAGCUGUAAUGCAGUGAAGAAGAUAGUGGGGCAUUUUUAGUAAUUGGAACUGUAACAUUAAUUUACAAGAUUGAACCGGGGAUGUCUGGAUGCUGACAAGGGAGAGCCAAGUACUGUUAAUGCCAUCAAUUCUCUAGGAAGGUAUUGGUGGUUUUUCUGAAGUGUGGGAGAAAGGGUGGUUUCUUGCUGGAUUUCAUGGCCAGUAAGUAAAUUUAAAUGCUUCAUUUUUAAUUUGGAUGUUUCUGCUAGAGACCUUUGAUUUGGAAAUUAGUUAUUUUGCAUGUUUGUCAACUGUGUAUGUAUUAAAAUAGAAAAAAAACCAUGCUUUUUAUAAAAACCCCCAAGAUUUGUAUAUGUUCCUCUUUAGGCUUCUGAAAGGGAGAGAAACCAUUUUGGAAAUCAAUGAUGGUGUUCUGAAAUCUGCUUGUAAAACUGAUCUCAUUUUACAUUGAUAUUAAAACAUUUUAACAGUG